AUGGCGAAGCAAGGAAACGAUAGUAUUCUGUCUCCAUUAGUAACAAAUGGCUUACCAAAAUUUAUGUUCUUUGUUUUUCAUCGUUGUAUUGAACGUGUUCUAUGGACAUUUGCUGAGCUUGGUAUAGCAGAUCUAAUGGCAGAUCAUAAAGUACCAUUGACAGCUACUGAGUUAAGUCAACUUAAUGGAAAUAAUUGGAAUGCUGAAUUACUUUAUCGAUUACUACGAUCAGUUGCUGAUACUGAUAUUGUUAAAGAAUUGACUAGCAGUGAUGAAAACUCUGAAAAUGAUCUUCAUCCAGAAAACGUAAAUCGUUUUCAACUUACAGAUAAUGGAUUAUUUUUAACAAGUAAUCAUCCUUCGAAAGCUCGAGAUUUAAUUCGUUUAGAGUUGGGUACUAUUACGCACAAACCAUCUACAUAUCUUCCUUAUCUAAUCCAAUAUGGUUAUAAAAAUGGAAAUGGAUUUGAACAUGCCUAUGGAUGUAGCUUAUUUGAUUAUCUACAGAAAGAAGAAAAUAAAGAAUAUUCAACUCUAUUUAACAAUGCAAUGGCUUGUUAUUCAAAUAAUUCUACAGAUUCAAUCGGUUCAAUUAUUAAUUUCUCGCGUUUUGAAAAACUAGUUGAUAUUGGUGGUGGUUUAGGAACAUUGCUAUCAAUUAUACUGAAGCAAAAUAAAAACUUGAAUGGCAUUGUAUUUGACUUAGAACAUGUGAUUGAAAAUGCAAAAAAACAAAGUCCUAAUGAAUUUCAACAAAGAAACAUUGAAUCGAAUCGUUAUGAAUUUAUUUCAGGUGAUAUGUUUAAAUCAGAAACAAUACCACAAGCUGAUUCUUACAUUCUGAAAUGGCUUAUUCAUGAUUGGACUGAUGAAGUUUCUAUUCAAAUACUGAAAUCAAUACGUUCUGCAAAUAAAAGUCGUGAAAAAAAGAUCAUUACAAUUUUCUUAGUGGAAACGAUUAUUGUACCUAACGAUGUUCAUAGCUGGAUUGCACGAGUUAUGGAUAUUGAAAUGUUAACACUUUUGAAUGCUAAAGAAAGAACAAAAGCUGAAUACAUAGAACUAUUGAAGAAAAGUGGCUACGAUUUCAAGGACUUAUAUGAAACUAACAGCAUGUAUUCGGUUAUUGAAGCAAUUACAACGACUGAAGUAUUUGAUUAA